AUGUCCGCCAAAUCUGGCUCGGGCGCCCCCUCCGCCAGUCCGGCGAAGGAGAAGCCAACGGAGCGCGACGUUUUACAAGAAUUGGAGAGACACUUCUCUCCUGAUCCCUUACGCGAGAAGGGCGCCUGGACCCCUCGCGCUAGGUCGCAAGCGUCGAGCAAGAGCGAUGCUCCCUCGACCACUACGCCGCCCAGCUCUCAGACAACUUCUGCCCGAGACACUGCCGACAAGGGCGCGGCGGCGCCUAUCUCCAACCCUUCUGCAAACCCGGACUCAGAUUCGGCGGCGCCUUCGAAUCCCCAAUCGAGUACGUGA